CAUCUCUCUAGCUCUCCUGAGAAGAUGCAGCCAGGCACAAAUGAGCAUCACGCCCUGUGUGCCUGGGUCUGCUGCCACACUAACCACACUGCUUCUCAUCAGAGCAGGGGCCACAUCCAUGUAACUGCUCUCUGAUGUUCGGUAAUAUGGACAAAACUGGGCUGCACUUCACCCAUGCAGUCCCACCAGGGCAUCUGGAGGAGCAGAAGACAUCUUAAGUGUCAUGAGAGGAACAAGGAGUGAAUGGCCUGUCUAAACUCCUCCCGUGCAGCCAACAUGAGCAGUGUGGACCCCGGCCUCUUCUCCAAAAGCCAAUACACGGCCCUGGAGAUCGGCCUCAUCAUUCUGGUGGCAGGCUCCCUCAGCCUCGUCACUGUCAUCGGGAACAUCCUGGUCAUGCUCUCCAUAAAGGUAAACAGGAACCUGCAGACUGUCAACAACUACUUCCUGUUCAGCCUGGCCUGUGCAGACCUCAUUAUCGGCAUCUGCUCCAUGAACCUCUACACCGUCUACAUCGUGAUUGGCUACUGGCCCCUGGGCGCGGUGGUGUGCGACCUAUGGCUAGCUGUUGAUUAUGUGGUUAGCAAUGCCUCAGUCAUGAACUUGCUCAUCAUUAGCUUUGAUCGCUACUUCUGUGUCACUAAACCUCUCAGCUAUCCAGCCCACCGCACCACCAAGAUGGCUGGGCUGAUGAUCGCAGCUGCCUGGGUGCUGUCCUUCAUCCUGUGGGCCCCUGCCAUCUUGUUCUGGCAGUUUAUUGCGGGUGGGAGAACAGUACCCCCUGAUCAGUGCUACAUUGAAUUCUUCUCCAACCCUGUGGUGACAUUUGGGACAGCCAUAGCAGCAUUUUACCUGCCAGUGGCUAUCAUGAUCUACCUGUACUGGCGCAUCUCCAUGGCCAGCCGCAGCAGGGUGAAGAAGGACUGCAGGAAGGCGUCUGGGGCGAGUCUGGGGGAAGGCCCCUCUCACAGCCAGGAAGAGGCCCAGAACAACUGCCAGCCCUCCAACGAGCCUCCCAAUGAAGUCAGGGAGAAGAUGUUGCAGCGGCAGAAUGGAAGUACACUGUGCAUAGAAGAAUGCCCCGAGGAAAACAUGACUGAUAAUAUGGACGACAACGUUCAGGCCUCGACAUCCAGAGGCAUAGCUUCCACCAAUGGCACAUCACACAAUGGAGAAAAUGGAGCAAGAAAACCACAACCACCCUCUCCAGGGAGCUCUGCUGCCGACAGACAGAGUCUCACCACCAGGACGCUCUUCAAGGUAACAAAGCAGAAUGCAUUAUCCAAGUGGAAGAAGAAGAGUGUUUCUUCUCGAGAGAAGAAGGUGACCCGCACCAUCAUGGCUAUCCUGGUGGCGUUUGUGGUUACAUGGACGCCAUACAAUGUGAUGGUUCUGGUCAACACCUUCUGCUCCGAGUGCAUCCCCAACUCUCUGUGGAUGAUUGGCUACUGGCUGUGCUACAUCAACAGUACCAUCAACCCAGCAUGCUACGCCCUGUGCAACGCUACCUUCAAGAACACCUUCAAACACUUGCUGCUGUGCCAGUACAAGAACAUACGAACAGCCCGGUGAGCAGCGCACAAAUGGACACUGAAGUGGACUAUAUGUUCAUUUUAAAGCAGAGUAGCUAGUAAAAAUAAUGAUGUA